AUGAAUUGCGAGCGUCGUUCAUUAUUGGAAGUUGAUAAUAAAUAAUAAGAGUAGAUGAAAUAGAAUCAAACUCAAACCCAAUAAAAAUUGAACCUUAUACAAGAACCUAAUAUACAAACUUAAGAAGAGAAUCCAUCCAAUAAAUUGAAAGACAUUCACAAAGAAUAUCGCAAAAACCAAGCAUUUAGUAACUUUAUCAAAUGUCAUGUCCCACUAUUCUCUUAAGUGGAGAAGGGAGUAACUGUCAAAAUGAUCAACCAUAACAUUGAAGCAUAAAAUUCAGAUGCUAAUAAAUUAGGUAAAGUGAAAACUGUGCAAUUCAACCUACAAAAUAAUUAUCUCCAUUCAAUUGUAAAGCAUCCUAGUGAAUAUCUAACUUUGAAUGAGAAGUUUAAUUUACAAAGAAGUAUUCAACAAUAUGCAAUGCAAAAUAGAUUUGAUUCUACUUCAGAAGAAGAAGAUGAUGAUGUCGAGGAUUAACACUCUGUGAUUGAAAUAGUAGUCAAAGAAUUAACCUAACAACCAAAGAGCAUUUUGAAGAAAUAGCCUAAGGAAUUUAAACAUGAAACAGACGAUGAUGAAGAUUAUUAUUAAAACAAAGGCUUGAGUUUUAAAGAAAUAAGAAACCUAGAGAAGAAAGUUAAAGAACAUGAUUAUGGUGUAGGGUUGGAAUUACUCUAAAAAUUAGGAUUCAAAUAUGGUGAAGGUUUAGGAAUUAAUAGACAAGGCAUUCUAGAACCUGUAAUUCCUGUAAAAAAAUAAGUAUUUACAGGUACCUAAUCAAAUCAAAAUAAGGCAAAUGAGGAAGAUUAAGUUUGGUUGUAUGAUCAACCUUAUGAGACUAAAAAUACAAAAAAGGCAGAUAAAAUAUGGAGAAAAAGAAACUAGACAGACAAUUAGCAAAAUUCUUCAUCAUCAUAUUAAUUAAAUUCUAAAGACAAUAUUAUUCAAGAAUAUUUAGAUGAAGUUAAAGAAUUGGCGUAGUCAGUCUAACAUUUAUUAUUUAAUAAAUUAAGUAAAUAUGAAAUCACUGAAUAAAUCAUAUAGUAAAAAAGAGAUUAAACUAUUAAAUUAGAGAUUGAAAAGGAAAAGAUACUCAGCAAUUUGGAAAAGCAAAAAGAAAGCAUAAGAAAAAAGGAAUCAUUUUAAAAAUAUCUUCUCUUUUUUUAAGAUGAUGAAGUCUAAAUAUCUAAUGAACCUUUUCCACUAUAUGAAAAAUUUCUAGAAUGCUUUAUCAAACAUCCUGAUAUGUUCAUUUAAUUCAACCUGAUUGAUGUGUUGAUUAAACAAGGAGUAGAGGAUAUCACAGAAAAUACUAGAAAUUGGGAAGGACCACAUACAGACAUACUUGAAAAUGAAUUUAAAUACAUCAAUAAAAUUGUGUAUUUAGGAAAAGAUGUUUUUAUUUAAUAAUAAUAAAUGGCUACUACUUCAAAUAGUAAAGAUUAAAAAAUUCUGAUUAUUGAUAAUGUAAUUUCAGAAAACGAUUUCCUAAACUUAGAGACUAUUGUUGAUAUACUAGUUAAUCCUAUAAAGUAAAAAUUGAUCAAUUAUAUACAUACCAAAUAUGAUCCAUGUUCAGAUAAUUUAUUAUUAGAAAUGCUUAAGUUGUGGACCACUGACAUCUAAUCAAUAGAAAUUGAAGAAUUUCAAGGUUAAAAAGUGGAACAACUUAAAUUAUUUAAUGCCAGAAUUAUUGAAAAUAUCAGUAAUCUACUUGUUCCAAAAUUACUAUAAACAAUUUCUAAUUGGAGUAUUAAUGACUCCUUUUAACUUCACAAAAUUAUACUUCCAUGGAUGUCUUCACGAUUUAAUAACUAAGAAUUAUCAGAUCUAUUGAUUGAAAAACUACUAUCUAUUGAUUUAGACAAUUAACCUGAUUUCGGAUUAAGUGUUCUAUCUCCAUGGUCUAAACUUCGUGAUAUCUAAUGGAAUCAGAUUCUUGAAAAAUAAGUAAUACCAAAAAUGAUUAGUUAUAUGUCAAGUUUAGAUGCUACUAAUUUUGAUGAUAUCAAGAGAAUUCUUCAGCAUUUUGAACACAUUCAAGAUUACGCUGAGACUCUAUUUGAACCUCUAAUGGAGAAAAUAAAAUAACAUGUAAGUUUGAGAAUGGAAGAAAAUGUGAGUUGCAGAGAUCCAGGAAUUCAUCAAUCAAUUUUGGAGUGGCUGAAUGGUUGGGAAUUGAUUCUCUAAGAUUAGGUAUUGAGUAAGUCCAAUCUUCUGUCUGCAAAAUUUAAAUUGAUCAAAGAGAAGUUAAUUUGA